CGCAGCGCGUUCCCCUUGUUGCCUGGACACGGUCCCUGUGCUCGUUACAGCCGUGCCGCUGUGGCAGUGGGAGCCCCUUGCCCCACCGCCAUGAUGCCCGCGCUGCCGGCGAGCUCCGCCUUGCCCUACACCUUCUGCAGCCCUCCUCGCGCCGUGCCAGCCCGCCCCAAGUACCGAGCGCCGCCCGAGACCGGCGAGCCGGUGAAGGAUCCCGCCCGCUGGGCCAACCUGAUGCACGACAGGAGGGUGGUGCGCGGCAACACGUACGGCCGUCAAGCCAUGCCGACGUGUAUCCAUCAUCCUAAUGCAUUGGAGAUUCAAAGGCAGAAAGAAGCACGGAGGAGAGCAUUGGCUAGAAAGAAAGCAGAAGUGCAAAUACAGCUAAGAACACCUGAGCCUGUGGAAGGCAGAGAGCAUGUUCAUGUGCAGACAGAGCUGUAUUUGGAAGAGAUAAGUGACCGGGUGGUAGAGGUUGAUAUGGAGUGUCAAACAGAUGAAUUUUUGGACAGACCUCCCACUCCUCUCUUCGUGCCAGCCAAAACAGGAAGAGAUGUGGAGACACAAAUAGAAGAAGGAGAGCUCUUUGAUUUUGACAUCGAAGUCAAGCCAAUCUUGGAAGUGCUGAUUGGGAAAACCAUUGAGCAAGCUUUGCUGGAAGUCAUGGAGGAAGAGGAGCUGGCCAAUCUGCGGGCACAUCAGGAAGCCUAUGCAGAACUGCGCAAUGCAGAGCUGGCUGAGGUCCAGCGCCUGGAAGAGCAAGACAGGCGAUACAGAGAGGAGAAGGAACGUUGCAAACAGCUGCAGAUGCAAAUGCUGCAGAAAGAGAAAGAGACCAUGGAGAAAAUUGCAGCUCAGACAUUUGCUAAGCGUUAUUUGAUUGAUCUUAUUCCCUCAGUCUUCAACAGUCUUCAUGAGAAUGGGUUCUUCUAUGAUCCUAUAGAAAGAGACGUUGAGAGAGAAUUCCUGCCAUGGCUGAUGACAGAAGUGGAAGAAGCACUAGAAAAGAGGAUUCUGGGAAGGGUGAUGCUUGACUCAUUGAUUCGUACGGCGACUGAAAAACGCUUAGAUGCGUUUAGCCAACCACCUCUGCCUGAUCAGACAGAGGCACCUGCUGAGGAGCACGGGCCAGCAGUCACAGGCAGAGACUGACCAACCUGCUGCUGAUGAACAGGCUUUGAGUCACACUGAUUCUCAGUUAGAGGAAGCUUAUCAAGAGUAAAUGGAGGACUCGGAAACUGACCAGCGAGCAGGCAAGUCAUCAUCCUGUCUGUUUACUGGUAUUGUGGCGUAGGCACGCUGAAGGAUGAAUUUAGUCAACACUGCAGCAUUAAAGCAUAUUUUCCAAAUGUUAAUGUUGCUGAUUUCAGGCUGAAAGAGUCAAGAGAGUUUACUGGUGUCAUGAAUGGCAGUGAAACCCUAUCCACUUCUAGAUAAUUCGACCCAUCAAAAGCCAGAGCUAUUUACAAGUGAAAAGUAAUGCUGUCCCACAUCCCACUCCAGAAAGACAUGAGAAGGAUAUUGAGAACAUCUUGGUACCUUUUGGAAGUGCUUUGAUCAUGUUUUAAGAACAAAGAUGUUCUUACUUUGUUUAUUUUGAAAGGUAACUGCUACAGCACUUAAAUUUCUUUCCACUCAUGUUAUUCGCUCCUCCCUUGACACACUUGGAUCGGCAUCUCAGCAGGCAGUAGAGUAAAGGCUGUUGUUCCUGACGCUCUUCAAGUUCUAAAGAGUUAUCUGGGAACAUCUGCCCGUGCAAAGUUUUCCUUGGCCUCCUGCUAUGGGGCUGGGUCCUGUGCUAAGCCCAGCCUUGUUUUUUUUUCUCAUCACUCUUCUUUGGUAAUCCAUUGCAUUGGUACCAGACGUGAAUUAAAAAAUGUACCUGCGCUGCCUUCCUGGCUGUUCCUGGGCCAGCUUUACAAGUGGGGCAUCCCUGCUUGUAAAAGUGCACUGCUGCAGCAACAGCAUUUCCUUGCUAGUUGUACUGGUGGAACCAGUCCCGCUUUGUCCAGGCUGCCCUGUGCUAUGUCCUUUCUGCAGUACAGAGAUUUCUGCUAACCCAACAGGCCAGAGCCAAAUCUAAGAGUGAUCUCAGGAAUGACACCUGCAGAGAUAAGCACCUGUUUCACAUCUCAUACUCUAAGGAGGAAUUUUCACUCAUGCUUGUGGCUUCAAAGGCAUACCCUGCCUGUCUUCCAGCCUGAGCUCUGACAUCCAGACUUGAUUGUGAUGUACAUGGAAAAGCUCACUUGGAUGGUCUCAUGUAUUUGCCUGUCUGUGCAGAGAGCUGAAAAUUUGAAAUAAUGAGGUGUAGCCACCAACACUCAACUUGGUGGUUUAAGGAUCAGCAGAUAUGCCUGUAUUAAACUGUAAUCUUAUAGUACAGAUUGUAGAUAGACACACAGAUGCUUUCUGAAGCUGGAGUAUUCCUCUGCUUGCUAAGUUGCUGGUAUUUCAACAUAGUGUGCUUAGCUUUUCAUCUACAAUUGAUUCCUCUAACCAUCCAGCAAAAUGCAUUGUGCAUGAAAUUAAGGUAGUCAUUACUCACUGAGUUCCUAUUUAAGUAUCUGAGAAUAAUUUACUUUUUUCCACAUGACUGGAAAUGAAAAUCAGGUUUAGGCAUUGAAGUCAGUGGGAGGUUUAUGUCAAUUUCAACAGGACCUGGAUUUUGCACUGAUUUUGUUCCCACUAUUUUGGAGAUUUUUGUCAUGACUUCUUCAAGCUAAUUUUUUCUAGGUAACUGAAGGCCGUGUGACUUGUUUCAUGAGAACUGUAAAUGAAAAUCUACUUCAAAUAUUUCAUUAUUCUGUUUAAAUAGGUUAUGGCACUAUUGUAUAUUCUUAAAUUAUUGCAACAGUCGUAUGCCUUAUAUUUUUACUUCAUUUGAAUCUAUGGUUACUAUUUAAGACUAAAUUAUUUUAUAGCUUGAUUGUUGUAUUUUUGGAAAAAAGGUUUUAAAAGAGUUUUAAUACAGUCCUCUUCUACCA